AUGACUACUUUAGAAACAAAUCCAAACUGUCAAAUUAAUGACCCAAAUAAUUCUUUUUUAAUGGAACUUGAGUCAUCAUUGCGUUUGCCGCUAGAUGGUUCUAUGCGAAUUAUAUUUACUGGACAUUAUAAUGGCUUUGGUAUAGAGAUUAGGUCUGUUGAUGAAGUAACCCUAUUAUACCACAUGGGAUGCUUUGGCAAGGGGUCAUCAUCACGAUCUAAGCCCAAAAUAGCACAGAAUAAUCCUGUAAUAAUGAGAAAAAGACAGUUUCUUAAAAGAAUCUCCUGGUAUAAAAAGCAUUAUGGCAUUUGCAAGGAAAGUAUAAGUUCUGAUUUAUUUCUUAAAGAUAUUGAUAGACUAAAUUCCAAAAUAAAAAGUGAUGCAGAAAAAUGUUUACAAGCAGAUGUGAUUGACUUGGUAUCUAGUGAUGAAAAUGGAAUUGAUGAUGGCGAUGAUCCCGAUACAACUUUCUCAUAUAAUACCUUUCACAGUCAUGAUAAAGAAGAUAUUGUAGUCAUAGUGCCAAAUAGUGAUUCUGAAGAUGAUGAUUACUUUGCAAAUUUAAAGCCAAAAUGUUGUAUAAACAAAAUUAAAUUGCCAGAAAAGCUUAUGCUGACAACACAAGAAAGCUUUUUUUUGUUAUAUGGCCUUGGAUGUUUACAAAUCUUCGGCCUUGAUAACAAUGCUCUAAGUAUAGAACAGUGUUGGGAGUUAUUCACUAAAAAUGAUAAAUACUUUAUAGAAAAAUAUGUUGUGUACCACUAUUUUAGAUCUAAAGGGUACAUAGUGAAGUCUGGUAUUAAAUUUGGGGGUGAAUAUCUUUUGUACAAAGAAGGCCCUGGAAUAAACCAUGCAGACUUCAUUGUUUUAAUAAAAUAUUCUAAUGAAAAAUAUGACUGCAUUACAAUGUUAGGUCAUGUUAGAGUGGCUUCAACAACAGUAAAGGAAGUGUUAAUUGCGGAAGUUAUUAAGCCUACCACGUGUUCCCAGAUACAGCUACAAGAUUUGAGUGAUUAUAGUGUACGGGAGCUAUUAGUGUCAAGAAACAUUCCAAUAACAAUAAAUGAUGAUAUUGAGUAA